GUCGAAGACAUUACCAGACGACUAAAUUUCUUAACACACCAUAGAGUGCACAGAAACUAGAGACAUGACUUAAAAUGACACAGACAUGACAUCACAAACCAUUGAACUGGCAGCCCUAGGAAGACCUCUGUAUCCUGGUAUGCUGUAUGACUGCCGCAAGGAUUCCUUCAUUCCAGGUGUUACUUUGUGGGAUAAGAAAUCACUGAGGGAAGAUCUGGACAGUCGGCCACAGCUGAUGACAGAUUUGAAGUUCAGUAGCUCUGACUCUCUAUCUAGUAAGUCCAAUCUCCUCAAUGUAAGUGCUUCCCUGAAGGCAAGCUUUUUGGGGGGGCUGGUGGAGGUGGGAGGAUCUGCCAAGUUCCUGAAUGACACCAAAUCUUCAAAUCAGCAGUCCAGAGUAACAAUGCAUUACAGCGAAACAUCAAGAUUCGAUCAACUCACUAUGACUCAGCUGGGAAAGAUCAUCUACGCUCAGGUAUUCGACCAGAAAACUGCAACUCAUGUGGUCACGGCUGUGCUGUACGGAGCUCAUGCCUUCAUGGUGUUUGAACGCUCAUUUGCAGAAAAUGAAAACAAGCAGGACAUUGAGGGAGAACUGAAUGUCAUGGUGAAGAAGAUCCCUGGAUUUUGCAUUGAGGGAAAAGGAGCUUUAAAAAUGACAGAGGAGGAUAAUAAAAAGGCUGAGACUAUCACCUGCAUAUUUCAUGGUGAUGUCCAUCUGGAGCAGACUCCCACAACGUACCUAGAGGCCGUAGAGGUGUACAAGAACCUCCCCAAUCUGUUGAAGAAAAAUCCACAGAAUGCAGUGCCAAUAAAAGUCUGGCUCUAUCCUCUUUGUCUGCUGGAUACAAAAGCAGCUCGGUUGGAGAGAGAAAUCAGCACACGUUUGAUUUCCAACACUGAAGAUAUGAUGGAGGGGCUGAGAGAGGUAGAGAGGAAAUGCAAUGACCUGUCCAGAAGAACAGAGGUGAAUGUUUUCAGUAGCGUCAAAAAAAGGCUGUGCUCAUUUCAGGAUUCAUUUAGCACUUACAGGAUGAUGCUCCAGAAAGCACUGGCCAGAUACUUGCCUGCCAUUCGUGAAGGAAGUGUGCCGGAACAAUCUCUGGUAGACAUUCUGAUGAUACACAGCAGCUCCCCUUUCAAUGCUGACUUACUUAACCAAUGGUUAUCUGAUGCAAAGUCUGAAUUUUACUUAUUGAAUAAUCCCAGCAAGACGCUGAAGGAGAUUAACACUGAAGAUUCAGACAGGCUCAAUGGCAUCCUUCUUGAUCCUGAUAUUAAAGCCGUAGUGUGCUUGACCUUCACAUCUCUGAAAUAUAAAGACCCAUAUCUUUCAACCCUGGCAGAGUUUGUGAACUCUGAGAAGUUUACAAAGCUAGAUGAAAAAAUAAACCAGCCUUCUGUGACAUCUGAUGUAAGAAAGUGGUUCCAAGAUCCUGAUGUCAUUGCAAAGAUGAGAGAGAACUUAUCAGUCUUCAAGAAAUUUUCAGAGGCCAAUAAAAAUGAGAAGAACAUCAAAUUCGUUAUUUCUGCCAUCUCCAAUCCCUCCAUUCCAGGCUCCUCCAUCUAUUUGUAUGAAAAUGGGAAGGUGGCAGACACAAAGUUCCAGCCCGUGUCCAAGCCACCCACACCAAUAGUAAAGAAUGUCCUCGCACAAACCGUUUUGCUGAAACUGCAGAAGUCCUCAACUGGAGAAACAAUGAAAUACAGAGUGGAGUACCAGCAGGUAAAAGCAGGUUCUGAUGCUGAGGAGCAGUGGCUUUUCAUAGACACAGCUGAUGAAGACUUCUCACUGACUGAAUUGGUACCUGGGAAGCAGUACUUGAUCCGCUACAGGAUAGUGGGUAAAGUGGGAGUGAGUGAAGCCAGUGAUACUGUCAGCCCUACACUCUCUUCAAUCGACAACUGGACCAGAAAUGACUUCCUAAAAUAUGCCUUUUCUCUCACACUGGAUCCAAACACUGCAAAUAAUAAACUCGUUCUGUCUGAGGGGAACAAAAAGGUGACACGUGGGAACGAGAGAAAACCAUACCCUGAUCAUCGGGACAGAUUUGAUUACUGGGAGCAGGUGUUGAGUAGAGAGAGUGUGAGUGGACGCUGUUACUGGGAGCUGGAGUGGAGCGGAGAAGCGGAUAUAGCACUGUCAUACAAGAACAUCAGCAAGAAGGGAGACAGAACUGACUGUUUGUUAGGACGUAAUGAUAAGUCCUGGAGUUUCAUCUGCACUCCUGGCGAAUACUACUUCAGACACAAUAACGUACAGAAUGUUCUCCCUGUGAAGCCCACCAAGAGUAAAAUAGGAGUGUAUGUAGAUUACAAAGCAGGAACUCUGUCGUUCUACGGGGUCUCUGACACAAUGAGCCUCAUUCACUCAGUCCAGGCCACAUUCACUCAGCCGCUCUAUGCUGGGUUUUGGAUUGGUAAUGGAUCAUCAGUGAAACUGUGCGGAUAAAUCAGAAUAUCAGAAUAGCCUGAGAGAUUCUUCCCAUAAUGCUUUGAGCUGCAUCAUAAAUCAGUAACAGUGUCUGUAUCCAAAACUGCCCUCUAUACCUUUAUUCAUCUUUGGGAUUCUCUAGCUGUUGAGUGUACUCAUUAUUUCCAUCCACUAUGGUUUUCAGACACCACUAAAAAUGGCUGCCCCCUCAAAUAGUGCACUAUUUUAGGGUGUAGGGUGCAAUUUCAGAAAUUGAAAUCUUUUUAGAAUUCAUUCGCUUAAUAUAUACCCAUAGAAUAUAUUCAUGCUAUCUUUCAUUUUAUUUUUCUCUUUUUUUUAUGCACAAAUUAUUAAACACCAAUGAUCUUGAGAUCAGAUGCUUUGAAAAAUGCUUUGAAUCAAUCUGUACUGUACUAAGCACAGAAUAAAUAAAUCUGAUGAAUAUGAAA